GCGCGGUACGUCUUGGUGAAAGUUCCGUAGUUUUAGAUUACAUGCCUGGAUUCUAGGACUUCAAAACAUACAAUAAAUGAAGACUUUCACAUCUGUGGAGAAUAUGAUCUUCUGAUUGAAGGGGGGCUGAAGGAGCUGAUUACAGGUCAGUUUAAAAAAGCGCUGAAACGAGAAAAAACUGACUUUAUUAAAUGAACAUAUUUACAGAGUCUUAAUCCACAGCAUCAUCUCUCACAUAUUUACACAAGCUUAAGGGUAACAGUGAAAUUUACCGCAGCAGCACAUGUGACUGAACACCAUUCAAAUAAGAUUUUACGGGGUGUUAUAUUCACUUGGAAUUGUUUGUAGAUUAUUUACCUUCUGUGGAAAUGUUACCCCAUAUUUUUAGAGAAAAUCUGAACCAAAGUUUCUCAUGGUCUUUUCUUAAUCUACGAGUUUAGCUCCUUGAUCCUCGACAAUUAAAGCAUUUAUAUAAUUUGUCAAGAAAACACUAAUAAUGUCCUUUCAUGACUCGUUUAGUCUCAACCCAAAAGUCCAGUUCGGUUCUAAAUUUGGUUUCAGAUUUUCACCCUCACCCUUAAAAAAAUCCUGAUCCAAACGUAUUAAACUUGGAAUUAUCAAAAACGGCUUCAAAAUACAGUUUAAGAUUUUUGAAACUUUGAAUCAAACGAAAGCAAAAUUUCACUGCCUUUCUUUGGGCCACAUUAGACCAGGUCCUGAUUUAGAAUCACAGUACUUGGCCUUAUCAAAUCUAAAAUAGAUAAUUGAAGAGAGUCCUAAGACUUUUUCCAAAAUCAAUUUUUUUGAUUCAUACAAAUUUUAUUGUACUUUGAAAGUUCAACACAAGACAAUUUCGAUGUGUAAUGCUCUUCACUCACAGCUCCAGUAAGUGACUCUUGGUUUGACUCAGUUUUGGUGCCCCCAGGUGGACAAAGAUGUCUCUGCCUUGUCCUCUAAAUGCUUAAACAGUGGCCGUGUCUCAUUUCAGAGACCGCACCGUCCAACGGCGCAUUUGAAGUGAGCGUGAGGUCAUCACGUGGUGCGAACAGUGACCCAUUUGGCACGAAAUGCUAAGCGCGCUUCGAAUUCGGUCUCAAAACCACACUACCCCCGCCCCUUUUUCAAGCAUGCAUUUAUGCACGCUUUCGUGCCGUUGGUAUCCCAGAAUUCUUUGCGUGCUCAGACUGUAUGAGCGCAUGAUCUUUUAACUUACUAAAAAUUGCGAUACGCUGUUUGAGCUGAGCGUCAUCACAGUAACUCUCGGCGACUGGGCGGCCGAAUGUGCGCAUUGCUACUGCGCAGCGCUGGUUUCAGGAAAUGAAGAAAAAUCCUGGAAAUAUCGAGAGCUAUUUGUCAUCAAAUCUGUACACAGGCGGCAAGCGGAACCAAGUUGUCCAUAGUAUAUACAGUCUAUGGUUUUCUCACACAAAAUGUCACCCUGCUGGCCUCUGACUUAGAUUUAUGAUUGCUGUAAAUAUGUUUAGGAAAUAGUUACAAGGGACAGACACAGACCCCCUCACAUCAGUUCUCGUGUAAAAAUUAGCCCAUAAAGUCUGUCAGUCUGGUCCUCAAUGGUCUUGUUUGGCAAUGGGUAUCUUGAAAAUGCAUCAAUAUAAAUUUCAGUCUGUUCUUUAAACCUGAAAAACUCUUUCACAGGAGCUUUUGAAUUUGGAUUUAGAAAAUGGAGACUUGGUUUUUUCUCGAACAAAAAAAAUCAAAGUAAUGAAUCACCUGAAAGUUAUGAUAAACUUUAAAUGAAGAUUCAGCAAAAAUGAUCCUAAUUCCUUCAUGAGGUUAGAAAUCAAAGGAUUUUUACUCAUUUUGAAAAAAAAAAAAUCAAUUUUCCAAAAAAUGUCUGCUUUUUAUAAAUUUAUUAAAAUCUAGAUUUUUUUUUCAAAUUCUCAUUUUCAGUUGUAAGCAUUUUAUUACAAUUUAAUGAAUUAAGUAUGUGAAAGACCUUAAUUAUUUGGUCCCUGUUUUAUAAGGAUUUUUUUUUGUAUUUGACUGCUUAUUUGUUCUCUUUCAGCUCUAAGAGGUCAAAAAAUAAAUGAUCAAUCAAACAAACAAAUAAAUAAAAAACGGUCGAUUCUUUUUUGUUUUGAUUUGACAGAUAUUUUAUAUCCCCUCUCUUUGUCUUUCUUUUUCUCCUCUGAUUACUCCUUUAUUUUUCCUCUCUCUCCUUCAGUAUGGAGCUCUCCUCGUUACUUAAUGAACUUCGUCUCUCCUCCUCCGCCUCAGAAGAGCCCCUCCUCUCACCCGCUCUUCCUCCAAUCACAGAGCUUCUGUCUCGGCUGCAGGAGAAGCUGAUUGGUUUGUCCUGCGACUCUGAAAAGAGCUCUCUAAUUAGCCAAGUUCAGAAUCUUUUCCUAACAGCUGAUCCUGAUUGGCUGUUCUCUGCAAAAGCCAAUCAGAAUGCUGGGCAGCUGGAGCUUCAGGAGGCGUUUGUCUCUCUCAUCUCUACUCUGAUUGGCUGUGUAGCUCUGCCGCUAUGUGAGGAUGACUGCAGCUCCCUGCCAGCCUCAGCCUAUCAGAGCAUCCCGAGCAGAGCUGAGCUGGUAUGCUCCGCCCUCACUGCGCUGUUGAGAACUCUGGGAAACAGACAGGUUGGGAGUGGUCUGCUGCUGGCUAUGGCUCCGCCCAUCUGUGUGUUCGCUGUCACACAUUUCCAGGUGAAAGGAAAGAAUUCUCUCUAACAUCAGACAAAAACAAACAAAUAAGUAAAGGAGAUGAGGAUGCUGAUGGUGAAGAUUUGGAUCUGUCGCUCUCUGUGCAGGAUCAAGUGUGGACCAGCUCUUCCUCCCGAAAGGCGGCUCACAACCUGCAAGAGGCACUGCUGAGGGCUGGGGGCUGGAGGGACCCUCCCCACCUCCUGAUGGGUGACAAGGGGGAGGAGGAGGGAAGGAAGAGCAGAGGGAUCGUGGGAGGAGUUCUGGACAUCCUGCAGCCUCAGCUGACCAAGUGAGACACACCUCACCUGAUGAAUGGGGGGUGGGGGGUGUAGGAGAACAUGAGACAAGAACGAUAUUGAAAAUUAAUUUCCCUCAAUAUCAAAAUAAAAUAUGGUCAAUAUCAUUUUCGAUAGUCAGCAUUCUGCCAUGUUUUGGUAGACAAUACGAAUAGCCAGUGAAAAGGGGAGUUGCUCCGGGUCCGCUUCGCCCUGAACCAACCAUGUGCUGAAUUAGAACCAAGUAGCAAACAACUGCGUAGUAGCAGGCUGCAGCUACACUCAAACAUAACACUCUAACAUGUAAAACCGACAACACUGUUAGUGAGAAAAAAAAAAAAAAGAGUGUUACCCCCCGGCAGAAAUGUAGAUGAAGGCUUAACAGAUGAUGACAUCGUCAACAACACUGGCACAAAAACAUCGGUGGUGUGGAGGUAUUUUGGUUUUUUUUGAGGUUGGACUUGAAGCAGCGUAAUGUGUACUGCAAUUUAUUAUGUCAAGUACAUGUUCUCACAAAGUCGUGGAAUACCUCAAAUCUUUGUACUACCUGAAGCAGUGCCAUGCAGCAGAGCACUUGCAAUGCAAAAGGUUACAAACCCUGAGCGGAGCAAGACGCCCAUGGCACCUGUGCAGCUGAAACAGCCGAGCAUUCAGUGCGCUUUCUCUCGUGCAACCAUAGACUGUAUAUAGAAUGGACGCCGUCUGCCUCCUCGCUGGGUGAAGCCACUCUGAGAACAGCACCCUCUGUUGAUGGGCUGCAGUAUAGGUCAUAAAUCCCGCCUCCGCUAGCAAAGCUUAUGGGGCUGUGGACCAACUUUAGAAAUUUAUUACACAGAACAUAAAUUUUUCUCCCCCCUGCUUGUGAUGUUGACAUGUAGUUACAAUAAGACUGGUUUGUGCUCAAGUCCUCUUUUUUCUGUGAAGCUCCGUUUUUAAAAGUUAUUUGGGGGUUCAUGUUUUCUAUGAUUGACACCUGAUACAGACCUAUGGGCGUUCAGGGAUUGCGUAGCUCUCCCGGGGGAUACGCUGUUUGAGCCGAGCGUCAUCACAGGGACUCUCUGCGACUGCGCGGCUGAAUGCGCACAACGCUACUGCACAGCGCUGGUUUCAGGAAAUGAAGACAAAUCCCGGAAAUACCGAGAGCUUUUUGGCUUCAAAUCCGUAAACAGGCGGUAGGCGGAACCAGGUUGUCCAUAGUAUAUACAGUCUAUGCGUGCAACGCCUUACGACAAAACGUCAAAGAGACAAAAAGACCUCACAUUGUAUUGUAAAAGACAUGCUACCAAUAAGCACUGUGAAAUUUCAUUUAUGAGUAAUAGGGAACAUUUAAGAUCGACAAGUGUUUUUAUUAAAUCCUGAUAUCGAUAUCGACUGAUAUGAAACAAAUUUUAUCCUGAUAAAAUUUUUCCCAGCCCUAAGUGAGGUCAAUGAUCUGAAAACAAGCUGUGAUUCAGUUGACUGUAAGUUUCCUCUUUUAAUGUGUCUGCUGCAGAGAGAAAUGGUAUCGCUGUGAAGCAGUGAAGCUGGUGUUUGCGUGGACUCUCCUGCAGGUCAGUUUGACAUCCAUAUCUGUUGUGUUUUUAUAAUGAUUUUAUUAUUUUUAAUGGCAAACUGUCUAAAAGAUUUUCUGCAGUCAGUCUUCUGAAGUGUUCAGGUGCACUGCUUACUGUUGGUCACCUCAGAUUCAACUAGAAGUGGGCUCGGUGAAUCAAAGAACUAUGAAGAUGUGUCUAUAAAAGUGUUAAAUUCUGUUUAAUAUUCACUCAAGUUUAUAACGAGAUUAAGAUUAAAACCUGUAGAGAGACCAACUGUAGGAGCAAUUUAUGAGAAGUACUUGUUUGACCACUAGAUGGUGGUGUUGCUUCUUAGUUUGACCUGAAGAGGGUAAGCGCAGUCUGUGUUACAGGUGAAGGCAGCAACAUGUACUUGACAUUAUGAACGUGCAGCUGACUGGACUUUGAAAACAAAUCACCUUCACAAGAGGCUGUGAGAAGGCUUUUCAGACAGCCUCUACAAUUCAAGUCCAAUAUAAAAUUUAUCCAAACAUAUCCAGAUGUUUGAGAUUACAGUAUAAAGAUAGUCAGUCUUAUUGCUGAUGAUCUCAUUUGCUUUGGUUUAUCUUGAGAAGACACCAGUGUGAACUUCAGUGUAUUUCAUAAACUUAGAGAAACUCCUCACAGGAGCUUUAAGAGUAAGUAGAAGCUGGAAAAAUGUGCUUCAAUAUAAAAGUAAAAAUUCAGAUUCUGUGUCUUUGUGUCUCACUGUUUUCUUCGAUGUUUUUGGUUUUAGGUCUCAGAUAAAUUUCCCUGUCUUUGUGCAGCAGUGAGGAGAUCACACAUUUAGUGGUUUGUUUCUAACUUUGAGUGUGUGUUUGUAUUUUGAGCAGGUGACUCGCCCAUCUCUCUCACCUCACCUGCCCCGACUCCUCCCACCCUCCCUCCUCUUUAACGACCAUGUAAAACCGGAGAACUGCAUCCUGGGAGUUUCCUGUCUGCACCACAUUGUGCUCAACACGGUGAGAAGAUGCACACACAAACAUGUACACACCUUUCCCAGCUGUUUUAAACUCCCUUGUAUCGAAGAGGUGUUCCUGUAAGAUCAAACUUUGGCCCUAAACAUGACCUUUUGGAUUUCGUUGGCAAACAGGCAGAAAAAGUUUUGAAGUUGCUCUUACAGAAAUGAAAGUCCUGCAGAAAUUAAGCAUGGCGUAGGUUUAAGCAGGACUUUCAAUUCAUCACGUGCGCUGGAUUAAAGGAUCACCUUGUCUGUGCAGACUGAAAUUUUCACAGAGGAGCAGUUGUUUCAACAGUUAUCUUUUUAAGCUGUUAUCUGAUAAUACUGACAUUACCACAAUAAUAUACCGACUGUAUGUUUGUGUUCAUUUACAGCCUGCUGCAGAUCUAGGUCUGUUCAACAGAGCAGAGGUGAUCUACCAGGCUUUGUUCAAACACAUGUACACAUCAGAGGCUGCAAUCAUACAGGUAACACACACACGCACGUAUGCACACACACACACACAAACACUUUCAUGUAGAAUUUAUAACUACAGAUGAAUCCAUCUAGAACAUGUGACACAUUGCAUUGUGAGACUUUAAAUACGUGUGUGUCUGCAGCCGGUCCUGUUGUGUCUGCUGGACCUGCUGUUGGUUUUAGAGAAGUCUCCUUCCUCCCUCACCUCCUCCUCUUCACCAAGGAAACCCUGUCGCCAUGACGAUGUGCUGCGUUUAUUUCUGACACACAUGGAGGCAGAGCACAAGGUGGCGCUGAGACGCGUCUACGCCUCCGCUCUGCCUCUCUACAUAGACAGGUGAGUUUGAUUUACACAGCUGGAAAUCAGGUGGGCGGGUGGGGUCAUUUGUGUUGCAGCUGGGCCUCAGGGUGUCUUUGUUGUGUCAGGAUGGGCGUGUCCGUGUGCAGACACCUGCGGCGGCUAGAGAGGGUGGUGCUGGGAUACCUGGAGAUCAGGGAUCCACCUGAAGAGACGAGCCGGCUAAAGAUCUUGGAGGCGCUGCAGAAAACCAUCAGAGCAGCGUGGCCACGGUCUGAACACACACACACACACACACACACACACACACACACACACACACACACACACACACACACACACACACACACACACACACCUGUACCUAUUGAUCUGAUUAUCAGGACCCUUAUUCGGCAUGAUGCUUCAGUGAAAAGUAAACUCUGACCUCCCCUGGCCAAAUGUAGAAACUGCAGCUUCUGUCUUUUCCUUUCAGGAUGGUGUGUCGUGUUUCUGUGUUGCUGCGUUGCCUGUUGAAGUUGCUGCUCGAUGUUUCCUCAGACUCUCAGCUUAGUGACUCGAUACGACAGGAGCUCAUGAACCAAACGACCUUCUGCAUCAAACAGCUGGACAUGAUCUCUAAUGGAGAUUUACAGGUAAGUCUCUUUGCAAGGAGUGCAGGAGGUGCUAUCCUCUUUCUGCUGUCAGAUAUUGUUGUCAUGGUAACGGGCUCUUUGAAAUGAUAUUAUUACUUGGAGUAACACAGUUAUAUACUGUUUACAUCAUCCCAGGACCUGUUAGGGGUAAGUUGAGCCAAAGAGUAAGUUGAGCCACCCCCUGUUGCUUGGAAAUGGUAAAAGAAAUUGAUCAUGUGACCAAAUAUUUAGGAGAUGGGCAUCAAUUCCUGGAGUCUGUGAAGGUUAGAAGCACAUGGGUGAAGGGGUUAGACAUUUAUUUACAAACAAAAACUUUCUCACGCUUGAAAGUGAAUUUAGUCUGCCAUAAGUUUUAUUAGAAUUGUGUUCAGACCAAAAAAGAUCAUUUUAAAUGUGUUUUAUACAUCAAUUGUGGAAUCUAUAAGCAACAACAUGAGGUUAAAAACUUAGCAUAAAAGUCCAUUUUAGCUUAGAGGACUAAUAAAGUCAUAGUAGUAGUUCUGGGGUAAAUUGAGCCAGUGAGUCAACUGAGAAAGUAAAGGAGUCUGAUGAGAGGAUCAGAGUUUCAGUUCAGAUUGUUGAAAUGUGUUACUUUUUCUUUUCAAAAAUACAGCUGUGACUGUUCUGAAUCACUUUAAGACAUUCUCAUGUUAAAAUGUUUUUUUAACAAAACAGAUUUUUAGCAGUUAUAUGCAAUAAUAAUAAAAAUCAUUAUGGUAGCAGUUGAAUAGCGUGUAAUAGAUAAAAAUAACGAAUGUGAAGAAGUGACUGUUAUUUAGGGAGAGAGAAGGUGAGGGAGGGCUGGGGUGGAGAGUGUGUGUGUGUGUGGGGGGGUAGUAGGGAUACGGCUCAACUUACUCCACUCCUAUGGUAAACUUACCCCAUACACGGGGUAAGUUGAAGUAGGAGCCCUUUUUUUUUUUGCAUGCUAUAUUAUCAAGACAAUUACGUUUACACUCAUUCUGUUGUUGCACAACAUUUGAAAUAUAUACAGAUACAUGAGUUAGAGACAAAACUAUGAUUGCCUUGCUUUAGUGAUCUGAAAUAUGAAAAAUGGCUCAUCUUACCCCGCUCUUUCCUAUUUAUUUUUGUCCUCUGUAGUGGACAAAAAUCUCAACUGACAGGAGGAAAAAUUAAAGAGAAAUUACUAAAAGUUAUUUGGUAGUUUGACUUUGCAUGUUAAGGACCAGUAAAAUAAGGUAUUUAGUCACCAAAAGAGUAAAAUAUAUGACAGAAACACUGAAAUCAUUAAGGACGCUUCUCAAAAUCCUGGUCUUCAGAUCAGGUCUCAGAGGUGAAACAAACGGCACACACUGAGAUCAGAUUUGGUCUAACUUUAGAUCUGGUUUUGGUCUUACUCUGCAUCAGACUCUGACUGACAUGUUAUUGGACAGUUUGAACUGUGUUGAUCACCUUUAAUGCCAUCUUUGGAGACGCUCACCUGUCUUUGUCUGUCAGCCUCUCCUCCAGCAGGUGGACAGCAGCUGCUGCAGUUCUGAGGUUCUCAGUUACCUAGCAACAAUCACUACAACAACAUAAAGGCGAUGAUACAGCACACCUGGAACUCCCUGAAGUGAGACUGAAAGAGACAGAGGGAGAGAGGACAGAGCAGCUGUUUGCCUUACAGGGGAGACUGAAGGUUUAUGUGGGAAUGAAAGGGAAAGGUUUGAUUUCUAAAAGCAGAAAAGAAAUCAGCAGAAACUCUGAAGCGCUCUUGAAAAUACAGUUUAUUUCAAAUAUAAAUAUGAAUUUCAUUUACAUAGAAAGAUUUAAAUAUAUCAAAUAUGGCUGUAGAAAGUGUUGUCAGAAAGGACAUUUAAGUGUUUCCCACAGAAAUAUUCAGUCACAGUGAUGAUCUUUGGUUUCAUGAGUUCUUCUAAAGCUGACUGGCAUCACCUGAGGUCCUCUCCUGUUAGUCUGAACUGUGGAGGAUGUCUGUGCUUUAUGACCCCGUGUAAAUCAAGUACGUUUGUGAUUUGUGAAGAAAGAAUUUAAGCUUUUUCCCCACCAGAUGUCAGGAGAUGUAUUGAAUUCUCAUGAGUUUCAAUUCAUUGAAAUUCUUUUAAGAUUGGGAAGUUUUUUUUAUAUAUAUCCCUCCUUAAAAGCCAUCAGACUCCAUGUGUCAUAUACCCAGUGUGUGUAUGUCUGUGUGUGUGUGUGUCUGUUAUGGCUAGUGAGUGAGCAGAGAGUCCAGUCGGUCCAGUUUGUGUUUCAGUCCCAGUAAGCUCUCCUCAGUCUCCAGUCGUUUCAGAUUCAGGUUGUCCUGCUGAUUCCACAAACUGCAGCGCAGACGAGCCUAGAAAAGCGAAUUUUCAGCUGUUACUGAAUUUCCCUCACCUCAACAUUGUUUCACAGAAAUCCUGCAGCUCUUUGUUUUGUUCUGUUGGUGUAAGUCAAUAAAAUCAAACUUUGUGUGGAGUCAAAACCAUCAGACAGGAUUUUUCCUUUUAACUUAAUAUCUUCACUGUUUGCUCCUGUUAUGGGACUUUUUUUUAAGAGUUGGUUUGCCUGGAUUAAUUAACAUAUUUGUUUCUUGUAUAAAAUGUUUGAAUAAAAUAUUUACUUUCAGAUGAU